GUAAUUAAGGGCGUGAUGGAGGGGGGUCAAGUCCCCAGAUUGCGAAGAAAUGUUCUUUCUCGACAAGAUUCAAAUCUGAAACCGGCAAAUGGGAACGAUCUACUUCCCCUGUGCCUGUGCAAGAAUAUCCUCCUGAUCGACCAAUCAAAUUACCCUACCUUACCCGCACGCCUUCUUCGCACUUUUUCUCUCCCGAGGACAGCUUGCAGUUUCAAAUUGAAGUCUGGCAACCAAUCAGCCAGGUCUCAGUUUUCUUUCUCUUUCUCGCCGGGGACGAAGAUGGAAGGGCCGUCUACGGCGAGAGAUUCCCACAAGGUUAUGGUGAGGUCGUCGGUGAUCGAGUCGUUAGGAGCAUGUGGGCUAUCGGGGCUCCGGAUUGACAAGGAGGAGUUGAAGCAGAAACUCAUGAUGCCUCAGUACCUCCGGAUGGCAAUGCGUGAUUGUAUCCGCUUGCAGGAUCCCACUGCCGGAGAGAGCCGCUUCAUAAGCAGCAGGAGCGACGGCGACGGAAAUGUCAAGCCGCCGGAGAUGCCUAUGGUGAUCUUUAUUAAUCGCAAAAGUGGUGGCCGCCUUGGCCCUGUGCUUAAGGAGAGGCUUCAGUAUUUGAUGGGUGAAGAACAGGUUUUUGACCUAUCAGAUGUGAAGCCUCAUGAAUUUGUUAAGUAUGGGUUAGGUUGCUUGGAGAUGUUGGCUGGUCUUGGUGAUUCUUGUGCCAAAGAAUGUCGUGAAAGAAUAAGAGUUAUGGUUGCAGGAGGUGAUGGUACAGUCGGUUGGGUGUUAGGAUGUCUCACAGAACUUCAUAGAGAAGGCCGACUGCCAGUUCCUCCUGUUGGGAUUGUACCACUUGGUACGGGCAAUGAUCUAUCUAGAAGUUUUGGUUGGGGUGGGUCGUUUCCUUAUGCUUGGAAGUCAGCUAUUAAGAGAUCUCUUUACAGGGCCAGUACUGGUGCAAUUCAUCGUUUGGAUAGUUGGCGAAUUUCCCUUUCAAUGCCAGAUGGCACAAUUCUGAAAGCACCAUAUUCUCUGAAGCCUACCGAAGAGUUAAAUUUUGAUGAGGGUCUGGAAGUUGAGGGAAAACUGCCCGAGAAUGCUAAAUGUCACGAAGGAGUGUUCUACAAUUAUUUCAGUAUAGGAAUGGAUGCCCAAGUGGCUUAUGGUUUCCAUCAUCUACGUGAGGAAAAGCCAUACCUUGCAAAUGGUCCAAUUGCUAAUAAGAUUAUAUAUUCUGGUUACAGUUGCACCCAGGGCUGGUUUUUCACUCCUUGCACCAGCAGUCCAAGUUUAAGGGGACUUAACAACAUAUUGCGGAUGCAUAUCAAAGAGGCCAAUUGCUCAGACUGGAAGAAGGUUACUGUUCCUUCAAGUGUAAGAGCAAUAGUUGCUCUGAAUCUUCAUAGCUAUGGAAGUGGAAGAAAUCCCUGGGGUAAACCAAAACCAGAGUAUUUGGAAAAGAGACGCUUUGUUGAAGCCCAUGUCGAUGAUGGACUUCUGGAAAUAUUUGGCCUAAAACAAGGAUGGCAUGCAUCAUUUGUCAUGUUUGAACUUAUAUCCGCGAAGCACAUUGCUCAGGCAGCAGCUGUCCGAUUGGAACUUAUAGGUGGGGAGUGGGAAAAGGCGUAUAUGCAAAUGGAUGGAGAACCCUGGAAACAGCCACUGAACAAGAACUUGUCGACAGUCUUGGAAAUAAAGAGGGAGCCUUAUCAGUCAUGCAUGAUUCGUGGAGACUAAUUCUUUCUCUGAUGGUUCACCUUUGCAUAGCUGGGAUUCUUUCAGGGCGUGUAAAUUGUAUGUAUUAUAGGCAUUGACACUUUUUCUUGUUUCAACAAGUUCUUAUACUGUCAAACAAUCUUCUUCACUUUAUUCCUAAAAUGAAAUGUAGUUUUCCACUGCUUUUGGACCUAGCGAUUUUGCUGGCUAUAUAUAUGUUUCUACCAACUGGA